UAUCACUAACAAUCAUUUAAUUCCCUUAAAAAAUAUGCUAAUGUACCUUUGUUCUUUAUUUUACACAUAAAUUGGUUUUAAGUGAACUAUGCAAUAAUCGCUGUUCACUCCGUGACCAACAACCAACAUCUACUUUGAAGUGUUCGCUACCUAAAAAAAUCUUGUUUUUGCCUUCGACCGUUUCUAAAUCUGCAGAAAUCUACAGAUAUUGAAACAUGGAAUUAAAGUACGCCCUGUCUAUCAGAGGAUUAUUGAAGAUCAUCGAGUUUAUUGUUCUUAUCAUCGGAUUUGCCCUCUUUCUCGACAUAAGCAUCGAUACCGAGGAAAUGUGCAGAAGAGAAGGAUGGUCUUGCAAACUUCCCAUUGAGCUUUACUUAUUUUUGGUGUUUACAAUCGUAGCUGCAAUUCUGACUUUGGUUACUUUCGUUGAUCAUCUUCUUAACCCCGCAUCGAUGAACCCGAUUACAGCAAAAAUCGCAUAUUUGGAACUCAUGUCCUGUGUUAUAUCAGCUAUUCUGGUUCUGAUUGGUUCCUCAUGUCUAGUGUCUGUAAUCGCAAAAGAAACGGUACAGGAUGUCACAGGCUGUGGGUGCGGAUUCCUAGCAUUUGUUCUGCUGACGGUGGAAAGUGCUUUCCUGUAUCGUACGGCAAGCUCGAUUUCUGGAUAAAUUGGCAACUGUUCAUCACGGCAAAAGACACACUUGAACCGCACAGGCCUAGUUGAAGCCAUCCUGAAAAAAAGUUGUUUCCUUCCACUGGUGGCCAAAAUAAUAUCCAGGAGGGAGGAUUGUAGAAGGGUUUUUUUUUACCGCCGCUUGCCCCGGCCCCUGCAUGAUAUCAACGCACAUUUCAUUUGUUUUUUAGUAUGCCCGAAAAAUUAAAUCACAUUUUAGCGGUGUUUGUUCAAAAUCGAUAUUAAGCAUGUGUUGACAUUUAAAUGUUGAUAGGUGAAAGGGUUCAUAACUCUAAUACUCUGAGUCGGUUAAAGGUUUUUAAAUCGAUUUUGUCGUUGCAUGGCAAUGCAUUUAUUUUUUUUUUUUUGAUUUUCUCACCACGCCAGGGAUCCUGUUAUAUAAUUUUUAAAAAAAAUGUUAAUGGAUCACACAAUCGAAUGACUUGAAUGGACGAAUAAAGUGCCUAAUCUACAAAUUUAUUAAUCAAAAAUCGAUAUCAAAACAUGGUUAUUGUUGUUAACCCAGGGCUCUAUGUAUAUAUUAUACAAACAGCUGUCCUUCUAGGGCUUUAUUUCAGAAGGAUCAUUUUAAUUUUGUCUUAGUAUUCAUGAUUGUUGGUGGAAUUCUUCUUUUUCUCUUUUGUUGUCGGGUGGACGUAAAAAAAUAUAUAUAUAUUGGCCUGGUGUUCUGCUUGCCUUUUUUAUUAUUGCCACAAGUCUACGUUUUUAUUAUUUUUCUCAAUUAAAUCAGGUAUGGCGCGCACAAAGUGUAAUAAGAGUUAGUAACCCAAAAUUAGGACCUGCAACCCAGGCUAGACCAACUGCAGUUUAGCACAUCUGGACGCUUUGGCCUCUACCUAGCAUAAUCUCUACCUAUCAUAAAUCUUAAAAUAUUCUUCAGCGAUAUAUUCAAUUACUGACCAUAUGCUCCAAGAUGUCUCUCAUAAUGUUAUACCUGUAGAUGGGAAAGGUGUAUCUGUAACUCAUGUAUAAUUAUAUUAUUAUGUGGUGGCCUCUUAGAUUUGUUUUUAGAGUAAGUGGUUAUCCAUUAGUAGCCCUAUAUGUCAGUUAGUUUGUUUAUAUUAAUAUUUUUUUCAUUUAAAUUAUCCAUUUAAUUUUCAUAAUGCUUUUUAACUUUUAAUGUUUUUAUGUGAUGGAUUUUAACGCUUGUCAUUAAUAUAAGCCUAUAUAAACGCAUAAUAAUGUGACUUGAUUUUACUAUUUUAUUUAAUUAUUUCGGAAUAAAGUUAUACUUGAAUUCAAUUGAAUCUGUACCGUAUUCAGCUAUGAAUACUAUGCUUAGGGCGAAUCAAUUUUAUUUUCUGCCUAUUAAUUGUUCGUGCGAAAUCACCAUUAAAAGAAUACAGAGUUGUCUUUAAUACUGUGUCCGAACAUUUCUGAAAAUAGGCUCCCAUUGCUAGAGUGUGUCUAUGCCAUACUGCUUUAGUAAUUAUGUUUACUAAUAAAAUAUCCACAUGGGAA